AUGGCACACAGCAAAAUGAACAUGGGAUUGACUUUGGUCGUAAUGGCAAUGCUGUGUGCAGGAGCUGCAGCGCAAUCGAGUUGUACAAAUGUGUUAGUCAGCCUGUCACCUUGUCUUAACUAUAUCACAGGGAAUUCCUCAACCCCGUCUUCAGGAUGCUGCUCAAACCUUGCCAAUGUUGUGAGUUCAUCACCACUAUGCCUGUGUCAGGUUCUCGGCGGGGGUGGAUCAUCACUGGGAAUCAACAUCAAUCAAACUCAGGCUCUGGCCUUGCCUGGUGCUUGCAAGGUCAAAACCCCACCCACCAGUCAGUGUAAAACUACUACUGCUGUUUCCCCGGCAAUCUCACCAGCAGGAACAGAAGCAGAGUCUCCAAAUUCAGUUCCAUCAGGAACCGGAUCCAAAUCCACUCCCUCACCCGGUGAUGGAUCAUCCAGUGGAAAUUCAAUCAAGCUGUCAAUUCCUCUGUUACUUAUUUUGGCAGCAGCAACAUAUGCUUCAGUUUUCUGA